AUGACGUGCGUGCUAGGCAAAAAGGGAUGUCAGGAGUAUAACGUGUCGUGUGUUUACACCCGCGUGAUCGCUGCCCCUCACCUCCUAGACGAGCUGUGUCUCCUCACCUCUCAGUCCCUCCCAGUGAUGAAGACCUCGGAGCAUUUCCAGGUCCUGAAGCUUCUGGGUGAAGGAUCGUACGGACAAGUGAUGCUGGCUGUGCACAGGGAGAGAGGCACCCCCAUGGCCCUGAAGUUCUUCCCGCGGGAGGCCACGCCCCUCGCCUCCUUCCUCAGGGAGUACCAGGUGUCGCUGUCAUUCUGCCGCCACCCGGCGCUGACGCGGGCGCUGGGCAUCGCCUACAGCACGCCGGCGCACUACGUGUUCGCCCAGCAGGCCGGUCUCCACGGCGACCUCUACGCCCGCAUCCUGCCCGAGGUGGGCAUGGAGGAGGCCGCCGCCCAGCGGGUGGUCUCCCAGCUGGCCGGCGCUCUGUCUCACCUUCACGCGCUAGGCUUCGUGCACCGGGACCUUAAACCGGAGAACGUGUUCCUGUGCGACGCCGCCUGCCGCCACGUGAAGCUGGGAGACUUCGGCAUGGUGAAGGCCGUGGGCGCCCGGGUGCCGGAGGUCUGGUACAGCUCCCCGUACUGCGCCCCCGAGUCCGAGGUCGCUCGCGGGAACCAGGACUGCGUCGAGGAGGAAGAGGAGGAGGACGAAGAGGAGGAGAAGGAGGAGGGGAAGAGGAAGAAGAAGAAGGCGGCGAGGGUUUGGGUCUCCGUGGAAACCGCCACGGACAGCUGGGCCCUGGGCAUCCUGACCUACGCCAUGCUCACCGGCACUCACCCCUGGGCCCAGACCGCCGGCGACUGCCGGGCCUACCGGAAGUAUCGGGAGUGGGUCGACGGAGCGGGGGAGGAGGAGGAGGAGGACGAGGAAGAGGAGACGGAGGAGGAGGAGGAGGACGGGCCUCUUCCUCUUCCUCCUUCUCCUGCCGCCGUUGCUCCCCAGUUCGCGUGUUUCACGGCGCCGGCCCGCCGCUUCUUCCGGACGUUGCUGGACCCGAGGCCGCGGCGCCGCGGGCGGCCAGAGGGGGCGCUGCGCUACCUGGGAGGGGAGUGGGUGAUGGAGGAGGAGAGGAAGAGGCUGGAGGAGGAGAGGAAGAGGCUGGAGGAGGAGAGGAAGAGGCUGGUCCAAGAUAACAAGAACACUGGAGGACUGUGAAGCGGCUCUUCUGACAUGAGAGAUGUUUUUAUAAAGUCUUUAGAUUUAAAACCUGAAUCAUAUUGUUUGUUUUUGGUCUUUCAGAUCUUCUGGUUUUCAAAGUGAAAGUGAAGCGAACGACGUGAGAGAAGACGAGGUUCAUGUGCAGCAGCUGAGGCUACGAGCUAAAAGUGAAAUAAAUACGCAAUAUAUCAAUAUUUA